AUGCAACUUGCAGUUUGGGUCGUGUACCCAUGUACUAUACCGGUAUUCAUCAUUUGGAUCACAUGCCUCCUUGAUGAUUCGGUAGCUUCACUCGUCUAUAAAUAUACGGCAGUACCCCCAUCACCGAAUCCAAAGUCGAAACUUUCGCAAGCCUUUCGCAUCGAAUUGGAGAAUCUUGUGGAUGCGGUGCAACGAUUCGACGAAGGUCGGGCUUGGUUUGAUAUUUCUACCCCUACUAUUAUCAAACUACACUCGCUCAAUGCCCGUUCGAUCCGAAUUGUCGCGGCGGAAUAUCUCGCUGUCGAAGCAACAAGUGAUGAUGACAAUAUUGAAGAUACCCUUGCUUCGUACAUGCUUCGCAACAGUCAGGUAAAGAAUAUUCAAAAUGCGAUUGCCAUUUGGGAACAAGCAGGGAAUUCGUUUGCAGAACAGGAACCAAUUUCCUUUUCGAUUACGGCCAAGAAAUGGAAUUCCUUUGUCCUUUCGGAAGUGUCACCCUCUUCCAUGCGACGGAGUUUGACCAACAAAAUGGCAGAUACCUUUGAUUGGAAUGUUGCACCAAAUGGGGAAGCACCCACCUUCAAGUUUCACUUGUUGCUGUUCGAGUCCAGUGUCAUUUUGGAAUUAGUCCUAUUGGACCGACCCACGAAAACCUUCGAGCUGCCCAAACCUGGAUUCAAACGGGUCGAGUCCUUUGCGUUGACCAAGUCUAUCGAUAUCCAACCAGAGGAUGUGGUCAUCGAUCCCAUGUGUGGCAAGGGGACCUUUCUAGUAGAAGCAGCGACGAUAUGGCCAUCGGCAAAGUAUUAUGGGAUGGAUACUUCCUUGGAUCAGCUACAAAAUGCCAAGGAAAAUAUAGAGGCCACCAAUGUGGCGGUGGAAUUGCAACCUGGUGUCGAUGCGAGGAAUCUUAGUGAUUGGAAGGACUCUUCGGUGGACAAGAUUGUAUGCUGUCCUCCAUUUGGACGUCAAUUUGAAAAGGACUCGGAUGCUUUAUAUGAAGAUCUCAUGAGGGAAUGGUCGCGAGUUUUGAAAGCUACGGGUCGAAUGGGAAUCUUGAUCGACAAGAGCAAUGUUCAAUCCAUGAUGGAAGCCAUUCAGAAGGCAAACUGUCAUGUGGACCAGUGUCGAACGCCUUCCUUUCGACUAGGCAAUAUCCGAGCAACAAUACUAGUCGUAUCCAAACUAUCGUCUACAAAAUCUGUAAAAGAGCAGCAAAAGGAGACAGAGUUUGGGCCUUUGUGGUGGGAGCAAGAACAACAAACAAACACCAACCAACCUCCUGGACGAUCUCUUUGGACUGCCAUGAGAGCUGAAGCUCUUCCUUCUCUUGUUCCGUAUAGCUACAAGCGAUCAAUUGCAAAACAAUUGAGUUGUGAAUAA